UUGGCGAUUUUAUACAAUGGUAGAAAUAACGGUCGUUGAUGCAAGUAGGAAAAGGUGUACGUUGUGUAUAUAUAUAUAUGUAUAUGUUUCGUUUCUAUUGUUCUUUUGUGUUAUGAAUUAAGAAAUUUGAUAAUUAAUAAGUGGUAACUGUGACACCAUGGCAGAUAAAAAUAUAACUAAUGACGAUAUGAAAGAUUCAGGCUUGGACGACUUGGAUUUAUCAGGAGAUAUGUCUUUUGAGUUUUCUAAAGCAAAUCUGAGAUCUAUAGGAAGCCCGAAUUCAAGAGGACUAAUGGGAUCUAGACGACUCGAUUUUGACGAUGGAGAUUAUCAUACUAGUACUCCUGGACCUAAUUCCAUGUCUUUUAGUCCACCAUAUAAGAGAGUUCGUGCUCUGAGGUUAUUUGACAGUCCUUUAACACCUAAGACUAUAAUAAAACAAAGUGUGAAUUCAUCGCUUCCAAGAAGUAGACUUUUUUCUUCAGAUAAACCGAGAGCAGUAGCUUCAGCUUUCUAUAAACCUGAAAAGCCUUUGGCAAAUGUAAAUCCGUUCACUCCAGAUGGGAUGUUGAUGACUAAAAAGAGAAGCCGCUCAAUAAGAUCUCUAAUUGGAUCCCCAGGUUUGAAUACAUCAUUGACUUUCGAUGAGGAAGAAGUAGAUUUGAAUGAACAACAACCUACCAAAAGAAUUGCUCUACAGGAAAAUAACAUCUCUAGAUACCAUCAAGAAUUUUUAGAAUUAGAGCCAUUAGGAAGUGGUGAAUUUGGUUCUGUGUAUAAAUGUGUAAACAGAUUGGAUGGUUGUGUAUAUGCAAUAAAGAAAUCAACUAAACCUGUAGCAGGGAGUGUUUUUGAAAAAACAGCUUUAAAUGAAGUAUAUGCACAUGCAGUAUUAGGUAAACAUCAGCAUGUGGUAAGAUACUAUUCUGCAUGGGCUGAAGACAACCACAUGAUCAUCCAAAAUGAGUAUUGUAAUGGUGGUGCAUUAUCUGAUCACAUAACAUCACAACCACUAUCAUCUGAGGAGCUUUGCAGAUUGAUACUACAUGUGGCUGAGGGACUGAGAUACAUCCAUUCUGAGGGUUUAGUCCACCUAGACAUAAAACCAGGCAACAUAUUCAUUUCUAUGGAGAAACGUCUUAACUUCAGUUGUACAGAUGACAGCAUGUAUGAUUUGGACGAGUCACAAUGCGAGUCUGAAGUGACAUACAAAAUUGGCGAUCUUGGACAUGUAACCAGCAUCAGCAAUCCACAGGUGGAAGAAGGAGAUUGUAGAUACUUACCAAGAGAGAUCUUACAAGACGACCAUGCCCAUCUACCUAAAGCUGACAUUUUCUCCCUGGGUAUGACUGCAAUAGAAUGUGCAGGCUUUGGUCCCUUACCAAAAAAUGGUGAUUUGUGGCAUGAACUGAGAGAUGGUAAAGUACCCGAUCAUCCACUGUUAAAUGCAUUAGGUGACGGUUUGAAGAGACUCCUUGCUUCGAUGAUACACCCUGAUCCAUCCUUGAGACCCACAGCUGUUCAAGUCUUACUGAAUGAUGCUUUGGUCCCGAAAGGCAAGAUGACCACUCUGCAGCUUCAAAAGGAACUAAAUGCCGAACGUCUAAAGAACGAGAUACUUACGAAACAACUUAUGGAAGCCGCCUUAUUCAUAAAAAGUACGAACAACAACCACCUGUUGUCAAACAAUAAUAAAGACAAGAAGAGCGCGCCUGCCAUAUCAAGACUGAUAGGAAAGAAGGUGAAUAGGAGCGUAAGCACAACGACUUUCUGAUCAGUUCAGAAUUUCUAAUGAUGUUUGAAUCAAAUGCUUUAAUGCUCAUUUUCAAUGGGACAAUUUUAAAAUUUUUGAGUUGAUACAAAUCAAAACUUUUCAUUUUUAUUCCAAAUUUUGUUUUGUAACAGUUUCGUUUUUUGGUAUUUAUUUUGGACUAAUCUUUGACCAGAAGAUAUUGAGGUAUACUACGUGUAUGAAGAAUAAAAUGUUUUGUUUGAUGACGGUCCUUUUUUCUGAGUCUUUGUUGAAAUUACAAAUUGCAACGUUAUCAUAACUUUCUUAGAAGUUGUGAUUGUCAUUUUGUAGGUUUUAUAGGCAUACGUUCCACCUGAGCUUGAAGAUUGGUUCUUUUUUCUCAAGCUAUGGUAGAUCGUUGGAAUGCAAUUAUUCUGUCAUAUUUUUCACAUAUCCUAUAGUUGAGUUUUUUCAGUCUGAUUCUGAAAUCUCCUAUUUGAAAAAUUGACUUAGAAAUUACAUUGAUAUUUGAUUGUUUACAGUUGUUAGAUAUUUCCCUUUUUUGAAGUUAAUUCUCUCAACUUUUUUACAGCCAGUUGAAUAUUUACUUUUGUUGAAUAGUACAUAACAGUUUCAUAUUCAAAUUUUAGGUACAGUGUUUGUUAAUUCCGCCAGAGGCUAAAUGUUUUACUAUUUUUAUAUUGGUUUUAAUGAUUUUAAAACUUUUGCCAUGGAUUCUUGUAGUUUCUAUAUCAAUUCCUUAGUUUCAAAUAACUCAUCUCUUUAUUACAUAGCUAAGAGCGGAAUUUUUUUCGAUCAUUUGAUUUACCGCUGAACUCUUUUUCAAAAGGCUGGUACCUAAAAUGGAGAAUAUGUAAUUGGAUAUAUUUUGUCACUUGUGGAAUCGAUAGCAGGUUUGAAGCUGAGUUGUCUCCAUUUAGUGAAGAAAAUUAAUGAAAAAUAUGGUAGAGUUUCAGAGAUAAAAUUGAGAGUGAAAUUAAUUAUACACAUCUUUGUGUUGUUUACCAACAAAACUAGAAAUGGAUGUUUUGUGUCGAGAUUUUGUUGAACGCAAAAUUUGAUAUCGAAUUCACGAAAUGGAAAGAGAAUCUUUGUUGAAUGUUGAAGGUCCUAGUGACAACUUGAAAAAUUGAUUAUUGUUUGAUUUGGUUUUGCGAUAUGAUGGCUGUUCCAUGGAUAAUGUUGUAAUGUUAAAAUGAAGGUGAUAUUGUAUAUAAAUUUGUACAGUGAAUAGAGAACGUGUAUUGUCGAUUUUUGUAUUUUUUACUCGAAAUUUACCUUUAGUUUAUUCGAAUUUAUAUAUUAUAUAUUGAACCAAAGGUUCUUCGACGUUCUUACUAAAUAUUAUAAACCUAUUUUAAUAUUUUAGAAAAUACAUUAAAUGAAUAAAGUCUGUAUAUAACAUUAUAUUUGAUGGAAACCAAUUGUUAUUUGUGAUAAAUAUUUUGUAAUAAAAAGUAAGUCUAUAUUUCAAAUUAGAUUUUUAAAUGUAUUAGCUGUGCUUUGUUUUUUACAUUCCUAUAGUGUUGUUCUGAUAUAACAGUUCCACAAUUGAGCUUAUAUGAAGAUUAAUGUUAAGUUUUCAACUUGUAAUGUAUUGAAAUGAAUAAAAGCAACUUUUUUCUUA